AUGACUGAACACAAUGAAGUGAUAUUCACUCGUGGUCAGGAACGCAAUACAACUUCCGCAAACGACGACCACAACGUGUUUGCGAACUACGUCCAUCAUGCUAACCAAAGGCAUCCCGAGUCCAACAUUGACUGCAAAUACACCACCCUCGUCUUCGAGUGCCUGCACGACAACCACGACUUACGCAAUUGGCCGUGCUUCGACGACCGUGUUUCCAAAGGACUUGGCAACAUCUGUAUAAGGCUCUCCAGAGACAUUGGAUAUAGCAAGCGCGAUUACGUUGCCCUUGGUUACGCCCUUGACCUUGGGCCAUCUACAACCACAAUUCCCACGCCGCCUGGAUUUGUUCCAAUCCGCAGUUCAUUUCCCGGAGCGACGGUCAGAAAUGAUCUCCCUCAGAAACGUGACGCCGCUAAUGCCAGAGGCAUCUCCACAUCGCGAUGCACUUCUACCUUCACCCGGACUGUGACUGUACAUGCGUCAAGGGUGACUGUGACGGCUGUAACGACCUUGUCAGGCACAAAGUAUGCUUCCAAAGUCACCACCGCCUCAACAUCCGUAACGAAAACCGUGACCCUUCCUACACAGACGGUGACCCACAUACCUACCACGGUAUACGCUGCAUGUACUGCCGACAACGUCGCGGAUGUAUACCACAAUUCGACCAAUGGACAAGACUACAAAUUCCUUGACUUCUAUGGGAUGAACCAGGAAUUCCAAAUAUCUGACUCUCUUCGCUCGGCCUACGAAUGCUGCGUCAAGUCCUUUGACUACUCGAAUGCUGCAGCAUGGGUCUGGAAUCCGUUUCAGUCUGGAGAGGGCGGAGUUUGCAGCCUACAGAAUUCCAUUCAGACUUGCGAUGCAAAUGACAGGAACAGGAUCUCAUAUUAUGUGGCUGCGUUGGAUUUCGAGUCUUAUCCUAUAUUCAUAGGGAACACUGGUUGUGGGGAGGUCAUGGCCGUGGAUACGAGCAUGGCGUACAAGGACACGGGUUUUCCCCUUCUCGACUCUCUGAAAAUUGUCAUCACCCUGGGCAGUUCCGAUGUCCCGCCAGAUGCACUGAUCGUUCUGAUGAUUUCAUAG